AUGACCAUAUCAGUUGCUCUAUGUCCAUAUCAGCGUGCUCGAUAUGAAGAAGAAGGUUCAAAGGGUAAUAGACACAUCUUUGUACCUUGGGAUGGAAUUCUAACACUCAUCAUCCCUGAUUUACGUUCAAUUAUACCAUCAGGCGUCACUGUCUGGUUGCGCAUCACUCGUAUUACACGACAACACGGCGCAAAUGCCCUCAUUUUGGUUCAUCCAUAUCCAAUAUGGAUUGAUAAUGAUUACGCCAAAGUUCAUGAUGGCUCAUUGUAUAUUCCAGCCACCGAAGAAGAUAUGGCAAAUGGUUUCAUCGAGAUCCAAUAUCUUGCCAUGCUUCGUCUUAAACAACAUGCUUUAGCAAACAUGAAAACAUUAGCCAUUUAUUCACAAACACAAUUGACAUCUACUGAUCGGCAUCCAAUAGGAACAAACGGAGCAAAAAAGAAGAUAGAUGAAUAUCAUCUACGAUCAUCAAUGUUUGCUUUUCAGUUAGUUCUUAUCGAUGAAAAGAAUAUGGCAUAUUGCACUGAUCUUUAUUGCAAUACAGAGCUAAUUCAAGAAUACGAACGUAAAUUUUAA